CUGCGAGUGAAAGCACUCCUGCCAUCCCAUUGAUGAUGUCGAGCAUGGGGACGACCUUUGCUCCGAUCACUACUGUAGGAUCAAUUGGCAUGAUCCCAAUCAUGUCAACCCCAACUCCUACGCCGACGACAACAAUGUUUCCAGGCUCGAUAACAACACCUGGUGGAGCAUUCACACCAUACCCGUCAGCUUGGGCUCUGUUUGCUGCUGACCCGGCAAAUGCUCAGGCUCUACAGGGCUAUCAACAGGUGAUGGCCAUGAUGCAACAGGCAGGUGGCUUCAUGCCAUUUGCCUAUCCUGGGAUGACGCCACCAAUCAUGCCACCUCCGGUGUCGACCUCGUCGACAUUUGUCCCUAGGAUGGUCCCUAUACAUCCGGUGAAUUUGACGGGGACUUUGAAUGAAGCAGCGCCCUCAAAUGUCCAUGAUAUCAAUGAGGCGGAGCAGGAGGCGGCCCGCAGGAAGAAGGGUAAGGCUAUAGUCGAACCCAGCAAGACUCGAGAUUCGACAUUCAAACGCCUAGGGGGCAAAGAGGAUGGACCCCGCAAGUCUGCCAAGCUACGUCUUGGUCCUGAGAUGGGCCGGACUAGCGCAAUGGAAAGACUUGGCGGGUAUCGUCACGCCCAAUCUCGUCGUUCUAGGGAAUCUGAGACGAUUCACCAAGACGAGGAGGAAGCAGAAAGCCAGCCGAGGGCGUCGGCAUACACCAGGCUCUCAUACGAUGAGGAUGACCUGGACAAGAUAGGAAGCGUAGCAAGAAAGCUACGUGCCCUGGAAGAAAAGGUGGAUGAGAAGGCGGGAACAAAGAAGCACACCCUGGCCAAAUCACCCUUUUUGGCCAGGGUACAUGCACAAAAAUUGAGGCGUAAGGUCAAGCUGGACGUGGAAAAAUUCACUGGAAAGGAGGAUCCAAACGUCCACCUUGACACCUUCCACAAUGCAGCACAGAUGGCCGGGUGCACUGAUGCUGAGGAAUGUCUGCUCUUCUUCUCAUCCUUGAGAGGGAGGCCAGUGGAAUGGUUUAAUGGCCUUCCCCAUGGCAGGAUUGGGUCCUUUGAGAAACUUGCUGAAGUUUUCCGCAAGAAGUACCAGGACAACUGCAUCAAGAGGAAGAAAUUUACCUACCUUAACACGGUAGGACAGAGGGAGAAGGAGACCUUGACUCAAUUCUUAACCCGCUGGAGGGACGAGGUUGACAAGGUAGAAGAGAUGGACGAUAAGACGGCCAUGUCUUUGUUGAUGAAUGCCUUCCGGUCAGGUGACCUCUACACUGAAUUUUGUAGGAGGCCGCCCUCCUCUUAUCAGGAAGCCUACAAUACGGCAUGGGAAUAUGCCGAGGCAGAAGUGCUGAACAAGAAUAAGCAGGAGCUGGAAGAAGGCUACACAAAGUCAAAAUCCGACAAGCCGAAGAAGGAUGAGCAGACAGGAGGGUCCAAACUAAAGGCCACAUAUGACGGAUCCAUCCACCAAAUAAGGGAUGAUAAGAAGGGAGAGCAACCCAAGAGACAAUGGACGGAGAAGUGGUGCACAUACCACCAAUCUGAUUCCCACAACACGGCGGAUUGCCGAAAUGUCAAGGCUGUGCUCAAGGAGAUGGCCUUGAAAGGAGAGCUUGGGGAAGGUUACGCGACGG